AGAUCCUGCAUGUUCUCCUCUCCUUCUGCAUCAGCUAUCUUCGAGCUCUGUGUCAGUUUAGUGUGUACGGCACUGGACAUCUGAAGCCUAUGUGUUUCCUCUAAAGGCCCCUCAGAAGAGAACAUUUUAGCCAACAUACUGUUUUUCUGAGGCUUUUGGCUUGACACCCCUAUAAGUUUCUCUUCGGGACACUCAGCACGUAUGGGUUUCUGUUGGCGUAGCCGUUAAGCAUGAAGUGGAAUUUGCUCAAGAAGAAGCCUGCGGCCAUGGUGGGCCCCGAGCCCACGGGUGCCAGUGCCCUGACCAUGGCCCCUGCUGUUUCCACACCUGCAGACAACUCCACCGAGCAUCAGGGCCCAGUCAGCAAGAAUGAUGUCUUUGGUGACAUCAAAAACAAGUUCCUCAAUGAGAUGGAUAAGCUUCCAUUGCCUCCCUGGGCCAUCAUCGCCAUCGCCAUCGUAGCCGUGGUCCUCAUUCUCACGUGCUGCUUCUGCAUCGUUAAAAAGACCUGCCUUAAGAAGAAAAAAGGCAAAAAGGGAAAGAAAGGCAAGGGAGACAUGGGAAUGAAGAACAUGAAGGGAGGAGAGAAACAGGACGAGGAUGAUGAUGAAGAAGAUAUAGACAUGGGAAUAACUGAAGAGAAAGAGGAGGAACCGAAAGAGAAGGAGAAGCUUGGCAAACUACAGUUCUCCCUAGACUACGACUUCUCUGACAACAAGCUGACAGUGGGCAUCCUGCAAGCUGCAGAUCUUCUCUCCAUGGACAGUGGCGGGACCUCAGACCCGUAUGUCAAAGUUUUUAUUCUCCCAGACAAGAAGAAGAAGUUUGACACCAAGGUGCACAAGAAAACCCUCAACCCCGUCUUCAACGAGACUUUCCACUUUAAGAUUCCGUUCACUGAAAUGGGAGGAAAGACUCUAGUCAUGUCUGUGUACGACUUCGACCGUUUCUCAAAGCAUGAUGUGAUCGGUGAGGUGAAGAUUCCCAUGAACACCCUGGACCUGGCACAACCUAUCGAGCAAUGGAGAGACCUGGAUAGCGCAGAGAAAGAGGAGCCUGAAAAGCUUGGGGAUAUCUGCAUCUCUCUGCGCUAUGUACCUACAGCUGGAAAACUCACCAUCUGUAUCCUUGAGGCUAAGAACUUGAAAAAGAUGGAUGUUGGAGGACUCUCAGAUCCCUACGUGAAGAUUCAUCUUCUGCAGAACGGCAAGCGGCUGAAGAAGAAGAAGACGACUGUGAAGAAGAACACACUCAACCCGUACUACAACGAGUCUUUCAGCUUUGAGAUCCCACAGGACCAGAUGGAGAAAAUACAAGCUGUGGUCACGGUGCUAGACUACGAUAAGAUCGGCAAGAACGACGCCAUCGGGAAGAUCUGGGUGGGCAGCAGAGCGCAGGGCACUGAGCUCCGUCACUGGGCCGACAUGCAGGCGAACCCACGCAGGCCCAUCGCUCAGUGGCAUCCACUCAAACCCGAGGAGGAGGUGGAUGCCACAUUAGCAGCCCUCACUGCCAAGAAGUAAUCCUGUUCUUCUUCCUUCCCUCCCUCUCUCCUUUACCUCCCCCCUUCCUUUCUUUCACUUUUCAACAUGCACACCAUGUCAUCUUACUCAAUCAGCACUGAGUUACAGCCAUGGGCCACCAGACUAGAGGUAUUAAAGAAGACCAUUUGGUCUCAUCAACAACUGAAAUGAGAUAGUGGAUCAGGGUCUAAUGAGAGAGACUCUUUCCACAGAUGUUCUUGAAGUCAAGCCGUGCUCAUAGGUUUGUAUAUACUUGAGGUUUAUUCACAGAAGAGAUGUAAGCUCACAUUCACACCCAAAUCGGGGACCAGGGAUAGAAAACACUGCCUAAUUUAACACAUUCCUUCUAGAUUCUCUGAUCAUCUAGAUGAAAUCAGUUCUGUUACUUUUGUUGAGUCUGAAAGGACAGAGAAGAAUUGUUUAUCAUUGUGAAAAAAAGGGGAUUGGAGAGAUAGUUGGACUCGAUGAUCCUAUCCAGCCAGAAGGAAUCUUUCAGGUGUCGAUUACACUGCCUGCAAAACAACCUCUUCUUCCAUUCUUCAGUUCCAGCUGUCAGCUGGCUUCUUCCACUGCCCAACAUCCUAACAAACCCUGACAAAAAGGAGACAAGCCUUGAAACAUCAUGAAA